AUGGACAGUUGUCGCGUCGCUAUUUCGGCAAAUCCAGAUGGUCACUUGCUCGAUUUCCACCUUAUAAUAUAAAUAAAAACUAGCCUAUUACGUCGUAUAUUUUACAAUCAAUUUACGCAAACUGAAACAAUCUGUUUAUUGUAAAAGAAUUCGGAUGUAUAUUUUUAUACAACGUCGGAACAAAGACAUAAAAUCUUAACUAAGAAUGAAUUAAAAUUCGAAUCAUCGAAGUAAUAAAUGAAUAUAGGUAUGGGGAGGCAUAAAAUAAUGUUACAAUAAAGUGUGUACUGCGCAUGAGUGAAAUGAAGUGGCAUUUAAGGGUCAUCAGCCGAGCUCAGUACGAUCUUCAGGGCGACCGAGUCAGCAUCGACUGAUCCAAUUACUGAAUACUUCGCAACUCACAACCCUACUUGCUGAACGAUAUCUCGAUUAAAACGCGGCCCAAACUGGGUGAUAUACUCCAAAUGGAAUCACCUUGAAGAUAUGUAUCUGUUGUUCGACGCAUGGCGACAGCGCAGCAUCAUGUCGGGCAUGACGGGAGCCAGCAUGUUGCGAACCAGGCGCAAAGAUGUCAAUGUCAAGCCCAACAGGAAGUUGGAUCGGAAGUCGUCUCGGGGCAUGCUCUACGAGAACGAGGAGUUAAGGCUGCGCACGAUCAACAUAAAUGCAGAAGUAGAGAGGGGUCAGUCAGAUAUUAAGAAGUUGAAGAGAGAAAACGAACAGUUAAAGCGAGAAAUAUCAGCACUUCGCUAUGAGUAUGACCGCUUGGAUAGCAUGCUGCGUGAGCGACGCUCCUCGCCGGAGCAUUCGGACGACAGCGCGUCGGUGAGCAGCGCGUGCCCGGAGUGCGCCAGUGUGGACUCUGCCCGUGCUGUCGCCUUCCACGACCUCAGCGUCGUGCCUGAGGAGGCAGAGGAGGGGAACAAGAGCGGCGUUGAAUCUCCAUGCACCUGUGAGGAGUGUCGGAACGAUGCGACAACAGAGGCCGCGCCCCGCCAGGACAGCGAGGACGUGACCUCGCAAAACAUGGAGCGGCUAAACAAUGUCGACUCGCGACCCAAACUCGAAGACAAUGGACACGAGCGGACAGUUGACGUAAUUAUUCACGAUGCGCCCGAUAUGCCUAGAUACUUCCAGUCGGUGACGUCAUCGCCGUGUCAUGUGCUCGCGCCCCCGCCGCCCGGCUUCGUGCUGGCGCCCGCCCCGCUCCCGCCCGCCGCCGCCGCCACCGCCACCGCCCUGCACACCACCUACAUCCAGCAGAACUCCGUCAUCAUGUGCAACACGCGCCACGUGCUGCAGCGUCAGUGCUGCUGCCAGACGCCCCACACGCUCGCCCCGCUCGCCCCACACGCCCCGACCGACCAGCCCCCAGUCGAUACACAGCCGCCUAAGUCCUAUGUCACUGAAAAAAAUAUAGAACUGACGUACGAUUACCCGCGUUCGACGCCCGUCCCGAGCAACUCCAGCCCGAAGUCUGGCGACGAGCUAACGACGACCACCGAAGUGGCCAGCACCGUCGUCUUCGUCGAGAGACGGAUACCGGUCAAGCCGAAGAAGUUCGACUUCUUCUUCAGGUCGCGAUCGGCGCCCGUCGGCGACCACGAGGAGCCGAUAUAUGCGACCGUCAACAAGCUGCCCAAGCGGCUGCGGCGCAUGGAGCUCGCUAAUCUCGAGAAGGAGGUCGCCUACCGGGCGGCCGAGCCAGACUCCUCUGUGCGGACGGAGGUCACGCUCAAAACUGACUCCGAGUCUCAGGCCCCGCCACCGGACGACGACACCAGCCGGUCCGAGAGAGAGAAAUCCUCCGCACCGCAGAGACCGGAGUCGCCGAAAGCGAAGAAGCGCAAGCGAUUCUCGCUAACCUUCAAAAAGAGAGAAAGAAAAAGACGAGAUAAGAAAAAGGAGGCAAAGAACGGUGCGGCCAAGAACGGAGUGCAGGCGCCGCUGGAGAGCGACAACGAGCGGCUGCUGGAGGGUGCGGGGGAGGGCGAGGGGGCGCGGGCGCGGCGCUGCUCUCGCCACCGCCCGCGCGCCUCCACCGCGGGCCCGCGCUACAAGCGGGACAGCUACCAGGAGAUGACGACAUCCCACUCGGAGCACGAGAGGACGAACAGCGUGUGCUCGUCUAUGAACUCCCUGGGCUCGGCGUGCACGCACAAGUCACGCAAACUCUCCGCCGCGCCGCAAGAUGGCGCUAUUCCCUGGUGCGGCUGCUGGGGCGCCGGCUGCGUGUAGAUACAUCAUAGAGAGUAGAACAAGAAACGAUUAAUGACCUAAAUCUAUCGAGUUUGUUCCUAGAUUGUUCAAUGUGCACAAGGAAUACAUUAACCAGUGAUUCUCAGUGGUCCAGAUGACGUUGUUGUGCGAAGGUUCACAUGUAGAAGAAUUAUAACAACAGGAUGUUCAAUAAAACCAAUAAUAUUUUGAAAAGGAACUACGAUAAUGUUAAAUAUUGAACGAAAAUGGUGUUCGUGACAAAUUUAUAACCUCAAAAGUUAAAAAGAUAUCAAAUAUUUACAGAAUUUGUUUUUUUACGGCAUUUUUGUGGUUUGAUGUUCCAGGUGCUUGGAUAUUCUGUGAACUCUUCCUAAUUUAUUGAACAAUAGCUAGUGAAGUGAAUUUAGUUUAGAAUUUAAAAAAUAAUUUGUUAAUAAAGAGUACCUACACAUUAACAUAACUAUUAAGUUAUUUAAAUAAAAAGUAGCAGAACAAAUUGACCGUAGACUUAUAACUUUAUAGAUGGAGUGUUUGACUAAUCGAGUCAAUUUUUUAAAUGUCAUUGUAUCAUAAGGGACUACACUUUGGAUAUUUAUCCUUACAAAACUCCUUCGGAGUUCUUAUUUCGUCACGCGUUUGUGCUCCCUAUUAGGUAUUUAUAGAUUUUAAAUCAGAAAUUUAAUUAAUUGUAAUAG